UUCAUAACAAUGUAUGAAUUUUAUAAUUUUAUGGCAUGAAAUUAUUUUUUACGACUUAAAAUUGUUUUCCAUGGACCAGGCUAUGCAUGAUAUCGCUUAGUCUCCUUGUCAAUUCUUAACCUUCACCUACUUCAAAGUCUGGUUUGCGCCGAUUACAGUAUUUUAUUUAACUCUUUGUGAGAUGUCUCAGCCGGGAGGGAUUCGCCUCGCCCCGCCAGGAGAGCACAUCCUCUUACGACAUCCUUCCCAGGAGCCUCUGGCCCGCAUCAGAGACAGGCUGUUCCGAGCUGCCUUCGUCAGACUAUCUCUGCUGUAUGCAAGACUCACUACUCCUCUCCAGAGGAGAGUCUUGGAAUUCCUAGUCCUCACCAUGGCACUGCUGUCCAUUCUCUCGUUGGUUUACAUCCAUGGUGCAUUCCUUCGGGGUCCUGGUCAGUGCCUGGCAGACGUAGAGAGCUCCUGGGCCAGGGAAGGCAUCCUACGUGUGGAGGUGGUGGCAACCAGCACCCUGGAGGAAUCUUACGACAGGGAAGAGAGGCUUAAACAGUUGGCUGACUCAGAGGCGUCGGGGGAAACGACAUAUUCGUUGCAUAGUGACUCAUUUUUCAUAAAUGGCAUUUUUGACAAGACCUCUAAUGAAGAAAGAGAGAAAGAUUCACAAGAGCUUGAGGAAGAAGUUGCACUUGUUAACAACUCUGCACAUACUGGAAAAGUCUCUGACCCGAAUCCAUCAUCAAUGACCAAUCAGUCACCUUCAGAAAUCCAUAUCAUGGAGUUUUCACUAGAACAUGGAUUUCUUAAACUGAGCCACAGAAUCAGAAAAAAGCUUGGAGUUCCAGUGCACCUUGUGACAAUAGAUCCUGAUGAUUCAACCUGUUUUGGUAGUCUGUUAGACAGAUUUUUUGUGUAUUAUGUUCUGGGGUAUGAUGAUGUUCUGCUGCUGAGUUUGAAACUGCUGGCAGAGAAACAAAAGCACAGAGGAUUUGUGCGUAACAUUGUCACUGGCAGCGAAUAUGUGUUUGUUAAUGUCUGGAUGGAUCAGAAGUCAUACUUGACAGCUGCAUUUGUAAUGUUUUUGUUUACGGCCUCUGUGUCUAUUCUCUUGCGGCAUUCCCAUCACCAGAUAUUCGUUUUCAUUGUUUGGAUUCUACACAUGAUGGAGUUUCACUCUACCUUCCAUUUCCCUGCUGCUCCUCUAAUGACUGUAAUCCUCUCCCUUGUAGGACUGGAAGCUGUGCUCUCUGAAUUUUUCCAAGACACAUCUGCAGCUUUCUAUGUAAUCCUGAUUGUAUGGGCUGCAGAUCAGUAUCGUUCGGUCUGUUGCACUCAUCGCAUAUCUCGAAAGCAUUGGACUAAGUUUUUCUUCUUGUACCAUUUUUUCUUUUAUGGCUACACUUUCCGCUUUGGUCACAACCUGCAUCUCGCCUUUUUCACAUCUUGGCUUUUUAUUUUGCAUUCAAUGAUGUAUUUUUUCCACCGCUAUGAACUGCCUUUGCUCUUGAGUCAUGAGCACAGCAAUAACUCUUCUAGGAAUGGUCCCCCUGAGCCACCACCUGAUACUUUUUCCGAAAAUGAAGAAGGAACACCCAGAAGCAAUCAACAAAGAGAAAAUUCUGAGACUCCUGGUGAUAGAAAUCUAUCCCCUGAUUCUCUUGAUCCUCAGAGGAUCCCAGGUCCUGUUGAAGUUGCGAGAGAUGUCAAUCAAAAUCCACCACAAAGCUCACAACUGGUGCAUGAUGUCGAGAGACAACAAAUGUGUAAAUUUCCGGAAAAAAGUCAUACUUCGUCCAGAAUUUUCUUGAACAUGCCCCAAUUGGACUUAAUGGGCAGAAAAAGCCAUAAUAUUUUGCAAAAUAAUUUUAAAAGUUGCAUAGUUGAUAGUAAAAAAUUAUUUAAUUUUCAAUUAAAAUACCCAAAAGGGAACUACUAUGUGCCUUUGUGUAGAAUGGAGCCAUUUCCUGACGUAGAUACUGUUAUUGAUGAUGAUGCUUCAAAAAGAAGAAAUAUAAUUUCAAAAAAGCAGAGGACAUUUUUGCUCAAAUGCAGGAAGACGGCCCUUUUAUUUCAACAACACCUCGACUCUGUUACUUUAGUCAAGAAUUAUCGAGUGUCUGCUGGUCUUGAAAUUCGGUAA